AUGAUAUCCCACCCUCUCCCUCCCUCUCCCACUCCUCACUUCACUCCCCAUUCCCCCUAUGCGUCCCCCUCCCCCUCCCCUUCCACCCCACCUUCCCUCCCUUUCUCCUCCCCACCUCCCUUCCCCUCCCCUCCACGUGCCCCUCCGCAUCCCCCUCCUCAACCCCCUCCACUUCCCCCUCUCCAUCCCGCUCCCCAUUUCCCUCCCCCUCCCUUCCACAUCCCCCUCCCC